AUGGUCAGCCGUCAGCCACGCGAUUCCAUCACCCACGUUUCUCCGAAGUCAAAGGCAAUUCGCAAAACCUCUGCCGAACGAAGGGAAAAAGAGAAGGUGGUUUCUCGCCUUCGCCAACUUGUUGGUACCGGAGAUGAUUCAACACAACUUGAACUUGUGCUCGCUGCAAUUGCUCAUAUUCGAGAACUUGAAGCUCAACUCAACGGAAAGGAAAACUCCGAUCUCCCCUCCGAUUUCGAACAAGCUUUUGCUUCAUGCUGCACAAGUCCAUGCUCCAGCACAAUGUCUUCUCGACCAACUACUCCCAGGACCUUCUGGCUCAUUGUGAGCGAGCCGCCUGUGAUGGGUGCAGCUGAAACACCGUCUGGCGUACACCUGGAAAACGGCGAGGACAUAUGCUCUUUGCGCUCGAUUCGCGGAUUGCCGCCUUCGAAAAUGUACGUGGCGGAUGUCUGUGUGUCUGUGUGCAUCUGGGCCGAGGGACCACUUGAUCCUAGUAGGCGGAUUGCCUCAAGGCGCGCCAUAUGCGGCAACCAAACCCCUCCGCCAGCCAGUCAGCCAGCUGCAUCUAAUUGCGAAGAAGGCAGGCGGCAUGCAACCGCUUCCGGAAUCGAACGCGCACAAAUGUUUCAAGAAAGAUUUCGCAUUUGUAUGAAACUCGCGGCGAGCAAAAACGAGAUACCAGCUGCUGGAAUCGUCGAAACGUCGCAACAGCAAUAA